AUGUGGCAGGGUCUAUUGGAGAUUGGAGGAGCUUAUGCCAAUGGAAAUCAGUCGUCAUAUGAUCCUGACUACGUACCGACAGGUCCCAUGUACUGGAAUGCCAUUGCCUUUCAUAGGUAUGCUGCAAUUUCUACUCUUUGGAGCUACUUGGAAAUGGAAAGGCAGUUCAAGGUGUAUGUGUACAAAGAAGGGGAGCCUCCUAUUUUUCACAAUGGUCCUUGUAAAAGCAUUUAUGCUAUGGAGGGGAAUUUUAUUCAUCAGAUGGAGAUGACCAAGUUUAGGACCAGGGACCCAAAUAAAGCACAUGUUUACUUCCUUCCAGUGAGUGUGACAGCAAUCGUCCACUUUAUAUAUGAAAGCAAAUUGAGGGAUCAUUGGAAACCAAUGAAACGAACAGUCAGGGAUUAUGUCGAUCUUGUUUCUGGAAAAUACCCUUACUGGAAUCGAAGCCUUGGAGCAGAUCAUUUCAUGCUUGCUUGCCAUGAUUGGGGGCCUGAACUUUCCUCGUCAGUUCCUGAGCUGUAUAGUAACUCCAUUCGUGCCCUGUGUAAUGCCAAUAGCUCUGAAGGAUUCAAUCCUCGAAAAGACGUUUCUUUUCCAGAGAUACACCUUCCUCGCGGUACAUUGGAAGGCUUAGUCGGGGGUCCAUCCCCCUCACAGCGGACAAUCCUGGUAUUCUUUUCUGGAGGGCUUCAUGGCCCUAUUAGGCCCGUGCUUUUUGAGCACUGGGAAAACAAAGACGAGGACGUCCAGGUUCACAGGUACUUACCGAAGGGUGUUUCAUACUAUGGGAUGUUGAAGAGCAGCAAGUUCUGCAUUUGUCCUAGCGGUUACGAGGUUGCGAGCCCAAGAUUGGUGGAGGCACUCUACACUGGCUGUGUCCCUGUACUCAUCAAGGACCAUUAUGUGCUGCCAUUUAGUGAUGUUCUGAACUGGAAGAUGUUCUCGGUUGAAAUUCCCCUGAAGAAUAUUCCAAACUUGAAAAAAAUUCUUAUGACUAUUUCUACAAGACAGUACAUUAGGAUGCAGAGAAGGGGUAAACAAAUCAGGCGGCAUUUUGAGCUUAAUUUGCCUCCAAAGCGGUAUGAUGUGUUUCACAUGAUUCUUCAUUCCGUUUGGCUUAGAAGGCUCAAUGUUCAACUUCAUGGGAUGAGGGAUCCCUAA